UCGAUACCGCUUAUCCGUUCUCGUGAACGAAGUGAUAAAUCGAGACCUCGGCUGCUUGAUUUGGGAAUUAAAUUAAAUACGAGCGAAACAGACUGGAUGCCCUGAACUUUACGCGAAUGAAACUGAGUUAUAAUAGUAGCGCACUUCGUGUAAGCGUAGCCUAACGUUCCAACAUGUCUAUACGUAUAUGAAAUAUCCCACCAUGUUCUUGCUUGCAGUUUCAAGCGCAAUUGGUGAUUACGUGACAUUUGUGCGACGCGUACAUAUAGCUUGCAUUAUAUUGGUAGAUGGCGCAUUAUCGUGGAGUUAGUGCAACGUGUUCCAUUGGCGAGCAGAGUACUUCGAAAAAGAUUUAAGGCCAUUCGAGCGCACCUUGCGAUUACGAUCAUUCGCAGAACUGGAGCAACGUGAGGGGAAAGAAUCAUGGAACGAUGGGCCGGGAAGACGGCGAUCGUUACCGGCGCGGCGUCCGGCAUCGGCCGAGCAAUCGUGCUGGCUCUUCUAAAAGAAAGGGUUAACGUGCUCGCGCUGGAUGUGCAAGCUGACAAAUUGUCGGCUCUCAGCGUCGAAUGGAAGCAGUUAAGUCAGCCAGGCAAUUUAUGCGUGAAACAUUGCAACGUGAGCAACGAGCAGGACUUGGACAACGCGUUCUCCUUCGUGGAGAAUACAAACGAGUGGAACAGCGGCGUAGAUAUUAUGGUAAACAACGCCGGAGUUAUCGAGUAUACGCGCGUCAUUGAGAGCGACAGGAUGGCAUUCGAAAGGCUGUUAAAUAUUAAUGUCCUGGCGACCGCCGUGUGCAUCAACCGGGCGGUGCGCUCGAUGCGCCAGCGAAACGUCGAAGGGCAUAUUUUCAAUAUCAACAGACCGAAACAAACGUUCCGGCUGUUUGCGCUCGAAGUCGAUUCGAAUAAAACGCCGUGCAAAUGGGCGGCCACGAGUGGCCUGUUGAAGCAAUUUUUUGUUUUGCACGGGGCCAGCGUGCUGGGACACGAAAUUCCGAGUGGAUUCUUUUCGGAAAUCGAUGGCUGUAAUGGCUGGAACCUGUACCCGACUUGCAAACACGGCGCUGUUGCAUUAACGCAUACGGUGAGACGGGAAUUGGCGGCCAUUAAAGCACCGAUUCGAAUCACCAGCAUCAGUCCAGGCAUCGUCGACACGGACAUAGCCAGGCACUCGCCUCAAGUAGCGAACGUGUUGAAAAAUGUGCCAGCCCUUCGACCGGAAGACAUCGCCGACGCAGUGAUCUACGCGUUAGGCACACGACCGGAAGUGCAAAUUACCGAGCUCACUAUUCAACGCACGGGUGAAGCCUAAUAUCCUCGAUGCGUUCGUAGCUUCAGUACGUAUUCAGAGCGUAUUUAGACACACGAAAAUUCUAGCACGCGCGAAAACUCAGGAAAACCUGUGUGCCAGAGGAGUGAGAGGUGCUGGUGAUUCGUACAAUUAAUUACGAAGCAUCAGGGAUAAUCGAUGUACAUCUAUCAGCAAUAAAGUCUACCAAAUCUCAAACUGCGAGGUCUCUGUUUUUUCUUUCUUUCUUUCUUUCU